CUUGAACUCACGGAUGGCGAGACCGUGACCUGAGCUGACGUCAGAAGCCUAACCGACUGAGCCACCCAGGCCCCGUACAAGUAUCUCCCUCUUACCACUGCCCGUUAAUGCCUCCAUCUCCUCCAUAAGCCAAUUUCUGUGCUACCCCAGUACUCCCUCAUUUACGCUCUGACCGGGUCUGCAGGCGCCUCCUGGAACAAGACGAAGUUUUUUCUUUGAUCCCGCUGCCCCACCCCACCCCCUGCCUCCUUCCUAUCACAGUUCUAUCCUUCCUCCAACUUUUUCCUCUCCAGCUCUACCCGACCCCGCCCAGGCUGGCCGGCCGUUCUCGGUCACCCUCCUCGCUUCCCCGCGGACCGCGUCCCACCAUGGCCCCCUGAGCCUCCAAGGAGGGGGCUCAGGGGGCCCGAUGGCCGCCCGCCCCCCGUGGCCCCACAGCCCCCGCGGGCCAGGGGGAGGGCCUCGGAGGCCCCAGUGCCGAGGAUGGGCAACCGCUCGUGGGAGGGCUGCCACGUGGACUCCCGCGUGGACCACCUCUUCCCGCCGUCCCUCUACAUCUUCGUCAUCGGGCUGGGGCUGCCCACCAACUGCCUGGCGCUGUGGGCGGCCUACCGGCAGGUGCGGCAGCGCAACGAGCUGGGCGUGUACCUGAUGAACCUGAGCAUCGCCGACCUGCUGUACAUCUGCACGCUGCCGCUCUGGGUCGACUACUUCCUACACCAUGACAACUGGAUCCACGGCCCCGGCUCCUGCAAGCUCUUCGGGUUCAUCUUCUACACCAACAUCUACAUCAGCAUCGCCUUCCUGUGCUGCAUCUCCGUGGACCGGUACCUGGCCGUGGCCCACCCGCUGCGCUUCGCCCGCCUGCGCCGCGUCAAGACGGCCGUGGCCGUGAGCUCCGUGGUCUGGGCCACGGAGCUGGGUGCCAACUCGGCGCCGCUCUUCCACGACGAGCUCUUCCGGGACCGCUACAACCACACCUUCUGCUUCGAGAAGUUCCCCAUGGAGGGCUGGGUGGCCUGGAUGAACCUUUACAGGGUGUUUGUGGGCUUUCUCUUCCCGUGGGCCCUCAUGCUGCUGUCCUACCGCGGCAUCCUGCGGGCCGUGCGGAGCAGCGUGUCCACCGAGCGCCAGGAGAAGGCCAAGAUCAAGCGGCUGGCCCUCAGCCUCAUCGCCAUCGUGCUGGUCUGCUUCGCGCCCUACCACGUGCUCCUGCUGUCGCGCAGCGCCGUCUACCUGGGCCGCCCGUGGGACUGCGGCUUCGAGGAGCGUAUCUUCUCCGCCUAUCACAGCUCGCUGGCCUUCACCAGCCUCAACUGUGUGGCCGACCCCAUCCUCUACUGCCUCGUCAACGAGGGGGCCCGCGGCGACGUGACCAAGGCCCUGCACAAUCUAGUCCGCUUCCUGGCCAGCGACAAGCCGCAGGAGAUGGCCAACGCCUCGCUCACCCUGGAGACCCCGCUCACUUCCAAGAGGAACAGCGUGGCCAAGGCCAUGGCAGCUGGCUGGGCGGCAGCCCCACCCUCGCAGGCGGACCAGGUGCAGCUGAAGAUGCUGCCGCCAGCGCAGUGAACCCUCCAGCUGGCGCAGAACCCCCCUCUGUCCCCCAUUCCCACCCCUCAGGUCUUACCCCCCACUCCCUUCCCUCCUGGUCUGAUGGAUGCAAAGUGUAUGUAAAUAAGGCUGUGUUAAUACUCAUGAGAGUAUAAGAAAAUAGGAGAACGGUGA